GUCGGAAUAAGAUGAGGAAAUCGGUGGCGGCGGGAACCUCGAAAUGCGUUUUCAGAGUCACCAUGUUUUACGACGCGUGUCGCAUUCAGUCGAUGUUGCAAUAGAGAGUUUUGGAUAUUUCUUUGCAAAUUAUCUUCAUCUUCUUCGAUUGGAUAACUUCUGACCCCAAAAAAAAAAAAAAAAAUUCUGCAACUCUAGAGAUAUUUCUCUUUGAAUUCUUCGUGGAUUGAGUUGUUAUUACCUUUGAGGAAACGAAAAGGAAUCUGUUUUCUCCCUCUCGCCAUUGUUAUGUGGAAUUUAGCUUCAAAAUCCACCAAAGAAAGCUUUAAAUCAAAGGGAGAAGAUGCUGCCACAAAAUCUAGAAAAGCUCCUUUAGAUCCCUCUGGAGAUGGAAGAAAGACAACGAAGGAAGAAAGAUUGGAGUGUCCCAUUUGCUGGGAAUCAUUCAACGUCGUUGAGAAUGUGCCAUACGUCUUAUGGUGUGGUCAUACCAUCUGCAAGUAUUGUCUCUUAGGGCUUCAACGUGCUGUUGUGAUCAAAUCCUCAGCUUUACCUUUCCAGCUUCCCUUCUUCGUUGCUUGCCCUUGGUGCAAUUUACUCUCGUUGAGGCUAGUCUGCAAUGGAACCAUCAAAUUCCCUUCCAAGAACUAUUACCUACUAUGGAUGGUUGAAAGCAUGAAUAGCUGUAGAUCCGACAACAAAAGGGUCACUUCAGGGCAGAGAGAUUUGAGUAAGAGGUGUGACGGGGAGAGUAAUACCGCCUCAGAUGAUGAACAUUUGCUGAACAAUCGCGGUUGGUGGAAUGUUGUGACCAGAGGAUACUUCAGAACUGGGAGACUUCAUGACUCGGUAUGUAAGUCAAUGGCUCUUGUUGCUCAUUUGUUGGCUAAGUUUCCUUUGGUAGUCAUAUUCCUGUUGAUGGCUUUAUAUGCAAUCCCUGUGAGUGCUGCAGUUCUCGGACUCUAUUUCUUUGUCACCUUUGCUUUGGCUGUCCCGUCGUUUCUCAUCCUCUAUUUCGCUUUCCCGACGUUAAACUGGCUGAUCAGAGAGAUUUCAGCCUAACUCAGUGGAAUGUCUCUUUGUUCCUUUUUGUUUCCUGAGUUGUAAGACACAUGAGAGAAUGAAUUAUAGAGCCAAAGUUGUUACAGUUAAUGUAGACAAG